AUGCCCAAAGUAGCUCGCACAAAACGGUCAAAAGUUAGCAUUUAUUUGGAAGAAUUUCCGAAUGAAACUUUUAGGAGUGAUGGACAAGUGUUAUACUGUCAGUCUUGUGAUAAAUCAGUAUCUAUCGACCAACGUGGUCAAGUUAUUCAGCACAUCAAUACCAGUAAACAUAGAGGCAAUAAAGACAGAAAGCUUAUAUUUCAACAAAAUUUUAUUUCUACAUCAUCCGCAUCUACCAAUAGUAAGUCAGUUUUUAACGAUGAUUUGUGUCGUGCACUAAUACGUUCAGACAUUCCUCUUUUUAAAUUGAAAAAUGUUGCAUUUAAAAAUUUUAUGGAAAAAUAUACUGGUCAUAAAAUUCCCGACGAGAGUACACUUAGGAAAAAUUAUGUUGGUGGGGUGUAUGAAGAAACUAUUUCGAAAAUUCAAAAUAUCAUUGGAGAUGGCCCUAUUUGGGUUGGAGUAGAUGAAACAACAGACGCCGACGGUCGAUAUAUCGCAAAUGUUAUUGUAGGAAAAUUGAGCACUGAACCAUCUAAACCAUUUUUAUUGUGCUGUGAAGAAUUAGAUAAAUGUAACCACAAAACUGUAUGUCAAUUAUUUAAUAAUGCAAUGGGUGUUUUGUGGCCGAAUGGUAUAAAACACAAUAAUGUACUUUUACUUUUAACGGACGCCGCGCCGUAUAUGUGUAAGGCGGGAAAAGUGUUGGACACAUUUUAUCCAAGAAUAAUACAUUUAACUUGUCUAGUACAUGGUUUUCAUCGUAUAGCUGAAACAAUUAGAUUUCAAUUUUCAGAAGUUGAUUCGUUAAUUUCCAACGUAAAAAAAAUAUUUUUAAAAGCGCCAAGUCGUAUACAAACAUUUAAAGAUAUGUACCCGGAUUUAACUCUACCUCCCGAGCCUAUUAUAACUCGAUGGGGUACGUGGUUAUCAGCUGUAUUAUAUUAUUCAAAUAACUUUGAAAAGAUUAGAAACGUUGUCUUAAAUUUAGAUCCUGAAGCUGCAAUAGCAAUAAAAAAAACUGUUGAGCUCAUAGACAGUAAAAAUUUGCAAAACAAUUUAGCAUUUAUUUCGACUAAUUUUGGAUUUUUGGUUGAUACUAUUUCAAAAUUAGAAACUUCUAAAAUGCCACUAACGGAGAGCUUAGAAAUAGUUGAUAAUGCCAUAAAGCAAUUAGAACGGGUUCCUGGAGAAAUUGGAGUUUUGACCAAUUCAAAAUUAAAAAAUGUAUUGGAAAAAAACACAGGUUUUAAUACUGUAAUGUCAAUAAGAGACAUACUAUUAAACAAAACUCCAAAUAACAAUAAUUCAGAAAUUGAAUACACUCCAAAAGAAAUAAUGUGUAUGAAAUAUGCACCUGUCACGUCCGUUGAUGUGGAGAGGUCAUUCAGCCGUUACAAAGCAAUGUUAAGACCGAACCGCCGCCACUUUACAUUUGAAAAUUUCAAGCUAUAUGUUGUUUCUAACUGUUUCCCACAUGAAGACUAUGAUGAAUCAGAAUAG